AUGGGAUUCAAUCUGCACGCCGACAACAACAAUGAUCCGCCCGAAGUGCGCAACUGGCGGGUCCAUCUCAUGGCUCUGAUUGUCAGCAUGGGCUCCAUUGCUAUGGGCUACGACACUUCGGUAAUUGGCGGGACUAUGGCCCUGGAUUCUUUCAAGAGGGACUUCGGAUUAGCCCACGUCUCAAGUCACGAUCGCGACACUUUACAGGGCAACAUUGUUUCCACCUUCCAGGCUGGGACCUUCUUCGGUGCCCUUUUGACCUUUCCAAUCGGUGAGCGGUGGGGCCGGAAGAAGGCCCUCAUGCUGGCGAUUUGCAUAUUCCUAGUCGGCGGUUCCCUUAUGACUGCUGCCAGUGGACGACUUGGUAUAAUCUACGCCGGCCGAGCCAUUGCCGGCUUCGGCAUCGGCUCCGUCUCUCUGCUCGUCCCUGUCUACAUCGCCGAAACCUCCCCACCAUCCAUCCGCGGCCGGCUCAUCGGAAUCUUCGAGAUCUGCUCCCAGGGCGGCGGCAUGGCCGGCUUCUGGGUCAACUACAUCUGCGACCGCACCAUACCCGUCCGCCUCGCCGCGCAGUGGCAGGUCCCGCUCGGCCUGCAGCUGCUUCCCGGCGCCAUGCUGCUGCUCGGCAUCGUCUGGUGUCCGGAGACGCCGCGCUGGUACGCCAAGCGGGAUCGCUGGCACAAGGCCAAGGAGGUCCUGUCUGACAUCCGCAACCUCCCGCCGGACCAUCCGUUCAUCCAGCAGGAGCUUCAGGAGAUCCAGGACCAGAUUUCCAUUGCGGCGCCGCCGCCCGGUCAGCGUCACACCUGGAAGUAUUAUGCUCGCCGCAUGUCGCAGAAGGGUACGCGGAACCGGAUCGGUAUCGGCUUGCUCUUGAUGGCUUUCCAGAACCUGACCGGCGUCAACAUUAUCACGUAUUACUCGCCACGAAUCUUCGAAACGUUAGGCAUCACGGGCACAUCCACGAAGCUCUUCGCCACCGGCUUCUACGGCAUCGCCAAGACCCUCGGCAUGAUCAUCUUCAGCGUAUGGCUCGUGGAGAAACUCGGGCGACGUCAGGGCCUGGUCUGGGGCGCUUUCGUCGGCAGUCUUCCCAUGUGGUACCUCGGCGGCUACGUCCUCAAAGCAGACCCCACCGCCGCGGCCGCGCGCGGAGACUUGUCGCGCGACGCCUGGAGCUACCUCGCCAUGGUCUGCGUCUACCUCUACGGCCUCAUCUACUGCGCCACGUGGCAGGGCAUCACAUGGGUCAUAUGCUCCGAAAUAUUCCCCAUCGACAUCCGCAUGCUCUGCGUCGCCAUCACCACCGCCGACCAGUGGCUCUGGUCCUUCAUCAUCUCCCGCACCACCCCCUACAUGAUCACUUCCUUGGGCUACGGCACUUACAUGUUUUUCGCGACUCUCAUGGUGCUGAUGGGUGCCUGGGCAUGGUUUUGCGUCCCCGAGACCAAGGGCGUGAUGUUGGAGGAGAUGGAUGGUCUGUUUGGGGCGCCGUGUCGCUCGGAUGUGGGUGGAAAGGAAAACGGGGAGAGAGUGGGCGAGGAAGGAGGUGCGGCUGGGGGGUUGUCGGAGUGGGAGAGGGUGGAGGACUUGGAAAAGGGGAAGGAACGGAUGGUGAUGACAGCUCUCGUGGAGAAAGUUUGA